GUGCGCCCAUGCGUUUGUCGUGGCAACGAAACAAAGUCAGCUGUUUUUUUAUCACAGUUUGUUUUUCUCGCAAAAAUGCUGCGAAAUUCAUUGUUUGCAAGCGGCAAGCUAAGACAUUUGCCAGCAAUUGCUAUCGUGCCCAAAUUGACAAGGAGCAGCAGCACAGCGAAGCCACUGGAUGCUGUCACCCAAAAGGAAGUGCGGCACCAUGAGAAUCACGCCUCAGAGUGGUGGAAUCAAAAUGGAACCAUGAGUGCUCUACAUGCCCUGAAUGAGAUUAGGGUUCCCUUCAUCAGAGAUGGCAUAGUUUCGCGUGGCAUUGUUAAGCCAGCUUACGUAAAUACCACCAAGGUGUUGUUUGGUCAAAAUAUUCUGGAGGUCGGAUGUGGCGGAGGAUUGCUCACAGAACACUUGGCGCGCCUUGGUGCGCAGGUGACUGGCAUAGAUCUUGGCGUGAAGUUAAUAGAGGCGGCUCGCGAGCACGUAAAAUGCUCCAGUCCAGAGUUAGCUAACAGAGUGGUGUACAAAAUGGAGCCUGUGGAUCAACAUGCCAAGACCAAUUGCGAAUGCUAUGAUGCGGUGAUAGUGUCUGAAGUUCUGGAGCACGUCAACGAUAAAGUGGCCCUGCUGGAGGCCAGUGUACGCACCUUAAAGCCUGGAGGAUCCAUCUUCAUCACCACUCUGAACAAAACUAUACCCAGUUGGUUCGGCGGCGUAAUCCUUAGCGAGUAUGUUCUAGGUCUGGUACCCAGAGGAACGCAUCACUGGGACAAAAUGAUUUCGCCAUUGGACGUUCAGCGCAUCUUGGAUACAAUGAAUUGUGAGACGGUGAUGGUAAAUGGAAGCACCUACGACUUUUGGAGCAACAACUGGCGCUGGAUCAACAACAACCAGAUGUGCUACGCCCUGCAUGCGGUGAAACAACCACAGCGCGAAUACAAUUGAAUUCGCAUUUUUAUUUAACUAAGAGCUAAGUCAGUGUGUAACAACUAAGUAGUAAACUAAUCGUCAUCCGAUCGUGGUUUCUUAAA